GGGAUAUAAAUGCACCAGCUAAAUAAAUGGAAGGACGAAUCAAAAUAAUUAACAUUAGAGAGCAUAAAAAUGGAGGUGGCGCAGGAUGGGAACACGUGUAGAACAGGUGGGGAACCUCUGGCUCUCCAGGUGUUGCCGAACUCCAAUAAUUAAUCUGUAUCUCCCCCAGCCUCUCCCUGAGCAGACACUUCCUAUGGGAGAAAUGGAAGAAUUCCUGCUUCCUCCUCCCGCCCCCCGGCAUUCGAAUUACAACGCGAGCUCCGCGAGCCUCCGGUUGUUGUAGUUGGCGAUUGCUGCCCGUAGGUGGCCCUCUAAACCCUCGCCUAAAGUGGACAGAGGCGGCAACUUCUGUGAGGCGGGGAAUUCAAGCUCUUUAAAGGAAGGGAAAGCAGCGGCGACCUUUAGAGGGGCGAGGGGGACGGAGGGGCAGCAGCCCGAGGCGUCUCGGAGAGGGCACUGGAGGGGGUGUUGCGAAGAGGGCGAGCCAGGUGCCCCCAGGCAGCCAGAGCCGCCAGCCGAAAGAACCGCAGGACUUCGGCAGCCUUGAUAGGAGAGUUUUGUCCAACAGAAGACCCAGGAAAUUGCCCUGUGUCAUUUGGUUGGAGCUUUUCAGUCGAAGGAAAAAUAGUUCCCCGAGUCCCUUGACUUAAACCUUUCUAAAUUGUAGGGGACCAUCCCAUGAUAUUUUUUCUGCCCGUCCAAAAAGAGGCAAUUGAUAAAUCCACUGGAAAUUCCUUGGUGAGGUGUGUGGGUACCAUAGUAUUUACUUUUCUUUUCAUCUUUUUCUAUUAUUAUUAUUAUUAUUAUUUAAUUGAAGAAGCCUGACAGUCUUGAUUGGGUCUGCCCUGAAAAAGUAAACAAGCCAGGCAUUGCUGGAAAGAGCAGUGGAUAAUUUCUUCCUGCACUCCAUUCUUCCUUUCUGGAAUCCCCCCCAGGAAUAUCGACUGCUGCCCAUCUGAAGGUCCGCAGCUUAAUCUUUGCCCUGUUCUUCGCGAGGAUCUUUUGCCAAGGCCUAAAUCCAGGAGUCUGUCUCUAUAGAAACUACCAGCGUGCUUGUGUGCCGGAGGAUGGCUGGACCCCUCCUUUCCAGCUGUCCACUUCGAUUACUAGCCAUGGGGCUGCUAGCAAUGACUUUUUGUGCCAGCUCUAUGGAAACCGAAAAACAUGGAAACAGAAGGAGCCAGGAGAAGAAAUCCGGAUGGAAUGACUCUCUCACGGGACAAAAAACAAGCAGCCCUCCCUUGUCAUCAUCCAAUGACCCGGAAACUGCUGCAGGAAAGAUUCGCAGGGAUGAAUCCCGGGCUGCUUGGAUGCUGCUUAUGAACAACGGGGUGAACAAUAAAAAAAGAAGCAAAAAUAAAGCCAAAAAGUUCAAGUUUGGCAUUCCAGGACCCCCUGGUCCACCAGGACCCCCUGGAGCCUUAAUCACCCAGGAGGAGCUGCUGAGAGAAUUCAGAUUGCUGCUUAAAGGUGUAAUCAGGGAACGGGAAAGGAUCAGUCAGAAAGCCUGUGACAACUGCCAAGAAGACGAAGACGACAGGUCCAGAGAAGAUAACUUUCUGGCCCAGAUUAGUGGACCACUUCUAGAAAGCAGGGAGCAUGGGCGAGUGCAGGCAGCUUUCCACUGUCGGACCCGGAGAAACAUUUCAAUUGAACGGCGGUCAUUGCAAGAGCUUCAGUUCUAUUACAUACCUAAAAAAGAAGAGAUGUUCCACCGUGGCCUAGGGCUAAACCUUAACAAUGGACAAUACAUAGCACCUUUCAGUGGAUACUACAUCUUCACUGCCACAUUGCAUAUUGUUCCAGAGGUUCAGCUAAAGAAGAACCAGCCCCGCACCCGCGAACGCCUGCGCUUGCUGAUCUGCGUUGAGUCCCUCUGCCGACAGAACAUUUCUCUGGAAACAGUGAGCAGGUUGGACAGAAACAAUGAACAUUUCACAAUUUCAAUCCAUGGAAUUCUAUUCCUGCAGGCUGGCCAGUAUGCUUCAGUUUUUGUAGACAAUGCAACAGGAUCCACCCUCACUGUUCGAAGUGGGUCUGACUUUGGUGCUGUCCUCCUGGGCAUUUGAUUGGCUCACAGCCAACUAUUCUGAAGGUGAAACCUUGCUUUUCAUCAGCCCCUCUGCUACAUUCCUCUCAAGUGCCUGGAGCUGGUAAGCACCAAAACAAAGCACUAUAGCUGUUGAUGCAAAGCUAGCAAACCUCCACUGCUGUUUAACUGGUUAAGCAUACCAAGGUGAAGAAUUGGAUUUGAGAAAAAUGGCCCAGCAUCUAGUAAAACUGAUUAAAAGGAUGCUGAACAAACUUAUAAAAGGAAGCAUCAAGUGUUAAUGGGGUUGAUGCAACUCAGCUAGAAGUUCCUCCUAUUCCUGAAUGUCUGUUGUUUGAUGCUUAAAAUUAUGCAAUCUGUUUGCAGUGGUUCUCAAAAACUAGGUUCUUCAUGGAAGCAUACAUGCUGUUUUGUGCUCAACAGAAAAGUCUUUAGCAAAGGAUUAUAUAUUUUUUGGAAUAUCUUUUAGUAUCUCAUUGGUUCAUAAGUCUUCUAAGUUAAAAGUGCUAACUUUUGUUGAUUUUCUGCCUGUCUGGUGACUUCCUCAACCACAAGCAGAAUUUGCCUAUUGCUUUGUGCUGCAUGGUGCCCAAUAUCCAUUGCUAACUUUCAAUGAACGGUGGGUAGAUUGGCUACCAUAUUUAGAGCAGGGUUUUAAAAAGAAAGGGAAGAGAUGGUAGGCUAUUUAUUGAGUCCACUGUUAGCCAGAGGCUUUCUAUUGCCUUAGGUCAAUUAGAUUGCACUGUCCAUUUAGCAUGAAGCCCAAUGGACAGAGUGCCCAGCUUUAGUGCCACUUAUUUUGAACCUAACUACGUGACGAGGGAAGAGAUGGUUAUUUCCAUUUCUUAGUAACUGUCCUUAUUUUCUCUGAGGCUGUGUACACCCUAAAGUACGAUAUCCAAGAAUUGCGAUUGCAGCACCACCCUCUUCUACUAUUACUGUAACCUUGGGCACGUAGGCAGGCAUUAGAACUGCUCCUGUGGAUUUUUUUUAAGUGUGUGGGAUGAACACAUACCCUUAUCUAUUUUAGCCUGAAAAGUUACUUGUGUAACAGGUUGCCCCAGCUGCUCUAUUUUAUAUAAUCAGUCCCUGCAAGUCAUCGUGGAAAUUUUCAUAAGGGAGCACCACCUCUGCUUCAACAAGAUUUGUUUCUUCGAUAAUUUCUUACAAGAUCAGUUUAAAUAGAUCAGUUUAAAAUAGGACAGUUUGGAAUGCAGAAAGCCAUGUUUCAGUCAGUACAUAGCGCUGUGGAAAAACUGACUGCAUCAAGAAAUGUAGCAAGGCAAGAAGGGAGUUCUUGAUAGCUGAAUCUUUCUACAUGCAAGGAUUAGUUUUAAUAUAGAGUAACACUGACAAGUAAGCUGCUCUCCCCUUGCCCUUCAUUCCUUUUUCCUCCUGAAGAAUAAGGAACAGGGAAAGUUUACUUCCCUCCAAGCCAAAAAUAUUCUUAAGAGGCAGAGCAUACUGAAAAGGAUUCCGGGCAGCCAAAUAUUAAGUUGUUAGGUUUUAGAAAAGGCAAAUUCUCAGUAAACUGUAUACACCCACCCCUUUCCACUUUGGAAAUGCCACACGGCCUGAUAAGGCCAAGGUGGUGCCCUGCCCUGCAGCACAAUCAGCAUUAGCCUUCCCACUGAAGCUUUAUUAUAAGCAGGUCUAUUUAUUGCACUAUAUUAAGAAAUAUAUUUAUGCACUUGCUGUUAAAUGCAUUUUAUUUACUUAGAGAAGGAAUAUACAAAAUAACCAAGGCUGUAAGAAAAAAAGUGGUGUUUUUUCAUAGACUUGCGAUACAGAAUAGUGCAGGAGGUUACACGUACCACACACCCUUAGUUUUAGAGCUGUUCUUGCAUUCUCAGACAUCUGUUUAUCUUUCGUUCUGAUUGGCUGAGUGUAUGUGCAUGCACUGACACAAACUGUUGCACCAUGGUGUACUUUCUGUAAAUUAUAAUGGAUUGGUUUCAAGACAGUUUCUAAUUAAAAAAUAUAUGCUUUCCCUUGUA